UGCCUUUCCACAUAAUAGUCCCAACUAAUCGGCAGGACCCCAGAGGCACCAUGGCAGCUCUUGGCAUUACUAUCAUCCUGCUGGGAUGGAUGGUCACCCUCCUGCUCAUCUCCAUCUGGAAGCAUAUCCACAGCAGCUGGAACCUGCCCCCUGGACCUUUCCCACUGCCCAUCAUUGGGAAUCUUCUCCAGUUAGACGUGAAGAAUGUUCCCAAGUCUUUUACCAGGCUGGCAGAGCGCUUUGGACCAGUGUUCACACUGUACUUGGGCUCACGGCGCAUUGUGGUGGUGCAUGGCUACAAGGCUGUUAGGGAAGUGUUGCUGGACUACAAGAAUGAGUUCUCUGGGCGAGGCGAAAUCCCUGCAUUCCAGGCACACAAGGACAAAGGAGUUAUUUUCAAUAAUGGUCCCACCUGGAAGGACACCCGGCGGUUUUCCUUGACUGUCCUCCGGGACUAUGGGAUGGGGAAACAGGGCAAUGAGCUGCGGAUCCAAAAGGAGGCCCACGUUCUGCUGGAGGAGCUCAGGAAGACCCAGGGCCAGCCCUUCGAUCCCACCUAUCUCAUUGGCUGUGCACCCUGCAAUGUCAUUUCUGACAUCCUCUUCCACAAGCAUUUUGACUACAACGACAAGACAUUUCUGAGACUGAUGAGUUUGUUUAAUGAGAACUUCUACCUGCUAAGUACUCCCUGGCUCCAGCUUUACAACUAUUUUUCAGGUUAUAUUCAGUACCUGCCUGGAAGACAUAGAAAAGUAAUUAAAAAUGUGUAUGAAAUAAAAGAUUAUGUAUAUGAAAGAGUGAAGGAGCACUAUCAGUCACUGGACCCCAACUGUCCCCAAGACUUCACCGACUGCCUACUCAUGGAAAUGGAGAAGGAAAAGCACAGUUCAGAACCCUUGUACACAUUGGACAACAUCGCUGUGACCGUGGCCGACUUGUUCUUUGCAGGGACUGAGACCACUAGCACCACUCUGAGAUAUGGGCUACUGAUUCUCAUGAAAUACCCAGAGAUUGAAGAAAAACUUCAUGAGGAAAUUGACAGAGUGAUUGGGCCAAGCCGAAUCCCUGCCGUCAAGGACAGGCUAGAGAUGCCCUACAUGGAUGCGGUGGUGCAUGAGAUUCAGCGAUUCAUCAACCUUGUGCCCUCCAACCUGCCUCAUGAAGCAACCCGGGACACCAUGUUUAGAGGAUACCUUAUCCCCAAGGGCACAGUUGUAAUUCCAACUCUGGACUCCCUUUUGUAUGACAAACAAGAAUUUCCUGAUCCAGAAAAGUUUAAACCAGAGCACUUCUUGAAUGAAAAUGGGAAAUUCAAAUACAGUGACCAUUUUAAGGCAUUUUCCACAGGAAAACGGGUGUGUGUUGGAGAAGGCCUGGCUCGCAUGGAAUUGUUUCUAUUCUUGUCAGCCAUUUUGCAGCAUUUUAAUUUGAAGUCUCUUGUUGACCCAAAAGAUAUUGACCUUAGCCCUCUUACAAUUGGGUUUGGUAGCAUCCCACGACACUACAAACUCUGUGUCAUUCCCCGUUCAUGAGUAAGAAAGACACAUCCUGAAAGACAACCUGCCUCUUUGAAUGCAACCUACAAGUUUUCCUGCCUCCUACUAUCCCCUCAGUUCCACCAAGAAGAUAGUUCCCACAGUCCUAGAGAAGGAAGUCAGGGAUCCAUAUGGCAUAAAUUAAGUCAGAGUUGAUGCUCUCCAGACAGAAUUUGAAAGCAAAGUCCAAGAAUAUUUUAUUAAACUAAAAAGCGAGAUUGAAGUUAUGUUGGA